UUUCUUCGUAAGCAAAACAUCUUAAACCAAUAUUCAAAAUGAAUAAAGUUAUUGUGAUUUUCUCCUGUUUGCUCGUUGUAAGCAUGGUUAUUGGAGCUCCUGCAGGUUCGGACGAUCAACUAUUGGUAGCAGCUAAGCCAUUUAAUGUUGAAGACUGUCGCCUGCCAAUAGAAGAAGAAUCAGACUAUAAAUGCAGAGCCUUACAUCCUCGUUAUAAAUGGAGCGUUUCCGAUAAUGAUUGUGUAGAUGCAUUUUAUGGUGGAUGCCGUCCUACUAGGAACAACUUCGUGACUAAAGAAGAAUGUCUAAAGGUGGCCAAACCAGUCUGUUUAAAAACAUAAAAUUCGAUGACAUAUAAACCCCAU